AUGGAUGAGGAGACUCAGCUUCUAGGUGAUGAGGAAGAUGGUGACGAUGAGAGCCCCCUUGCCUCUGCAGGGCCUGCGCUCCCUGAACCUAAAACGCCCUCUAUCCUCGCCCGUAGUCCCCGCGGUCCCGAGGGCCUAGCAGGAAGACUUUUGAAGGAUGAUGAGUCAGCCAGACGUGAGGCCCUCCAGGACGCUGCGAGUGCUGCCGAGGCCCUGAAAGCCGCGAAGGGAGAGCUAGAUGUGAUUCCCCUGGAAGCCCCUAACCCCUAUGCUGCGGCCUCCCUGCCAUCAAGUACUGCCCCCGGGGAUAAACUCACACUGCCUAAGCUGAAACCUAAAGCCUCUGAGAAGACUCAUAGUUGGGUUUCUGAACUUAGGGACAUGGUUACGGGAGGGCAAAGAGAAAUCAUGAGUGAGCUCCAUAAUCACAAGACCCAGCUUACGCAGGUUGGUCAUCAGGUCCAGCAUCUGGAUAGAAAGCAGGAAGACCUCUCUAAAGCACAGGCUGACAUGUUCGAGCGCCUGAACAACAUGGAGGCUGAGGUCAAAGAACUCCGAUCUCGCUCUAGAUCGGUCAGCCCCGCCCCCCCACACCUCCCCCAUCCCGAUCUGAGCCCCAGGUCCACCACGGCCAGUACUAUUAACAAACAGGUUGUUGAUGACUUCCAGGUUGUGAUUGGAGGGUGGGAGGAAGCUAAGAGGGCCGAGGUUGAAAACGAGAUUAGGACCAAGUUUGCACGGGUAGAGCUGUUGUACACAGACCAAAAUUUUGCCGAGAGACGUCGGGUUCAAAGCUUGGUCAUUAAUGCCCUCAAAACACUCUUCAACACCUACUAUAGCUCCAUUCCCGGGCAACAAGCUCGGAAGCUCUGGAUUACCAGAAACCGCAGCCGCGAAGAGCGGGAGAAGAUUCGUGCCUUGGUCAGCAUCAAGGAGUGGGCAUUGAAACAUACCUCAGAAAUCUUUAUCGACCUCGAUUGGAGAGGGCGACUCUGGAUUCGGGGCGAACAAGUUCUAUAUUGGGUUCAAAACAAGAAACCCUCCGACGGGGCUAUGAUGCUGACGAAUGCUAAUGGGGACGAAACCGGUUGGUGGGUGCAUGCCCCACAGCUAGGACUGGAAUUCAAUGCAUGCUGCGGCGUUACGUGGGAAGCGAGGGGUGAGAGUAGCACCAUCGAUUGGCUACUCUUCAGGAUCCCGCCUUUCAGUUUUCCCAAGAGUCCUUUGCGGAUUUGUGUCGUAAGCAUUCCCGGCGAGUUCCCUCCCUGCGUUACUCCGAUCCUCCUCAUGUACAGGAGUGCAAUGCAAAGAUCUUCGGAUGGGAGCUUCAUUGAGCGACUUGGGGGUGAAGAUUCCGCAUGCGAGUCGGUUCGUGCUUUCUAUGCUAAGAAAUACACCCUCCCGCCGUCGGACCACCCGGUAUCCGAGGUCCAACAGGAAGCAUUGCAACGCAAACAUUCGCCUGCAGAAGCCAGUCCUAUAACAGACGAGGAGAUUGCGGCAGCUGUCGCCUGCACCAAAACCUCCACGUCUUCAGGUCUGGAUUCGGUCUGCUAUGCUGCAAUUAGAACCUUCCACUCGAAGGACUCCCAGGGGAAGCUCAGGACCUUCUUCGACAGGAUCUUGACAGGGUCCAUCGACGUUCCGCGGGACUGGGUCACGGGUAAAAUCUGCCUGAUCCCCAAGGCCGGACAACAUGCGUGUCGCCCAGGCACACAGGCGAUCGAAGCUGUAUCAGCGGCCCAAGCUACGCUCCGCGCUGGCGCUCUGGUCUAUGUGCCAGGAGACUAA